CCAGCCAAAUGAGAUCAUCGUCAUCUUCGACAAAGGCAAGAAGUUCGAGAAAGUCGACAAGUACCCAUUAUGCAGCGCCUCUCGCGUAUUCACCCACCUUCUCGACGGGCCCUUCCUGGUAAGCUUCCUACUGCCACACCCCAUCCACACAUUACUCAUCCCAACACCACUCAGGAAUCACAAACCCGCACCAUCCGCCUCCGUGACGACUUCCCCUACGCCGUCCACGCCAUGCUCGAGUUCAUCGACAAAGGCUUCUACUCGUUCCAACCCGAGUCGCGCGCGCGUUUCCCCUACAUAUCCAAGCUCGACUACCACAUCCACGCGUACCUCGUGGGCGCAAAAUACGAGGUCGCCGCGCUGUGCGAACACGCCAUCAAAAUGUACAUCAUCACAGCUGAUAUGACACUGCGAUCGGCCUUCAUCACCGACGCCAAUGAUCUAGACCACGCUCUCGCUUGCACGUCUACGGUAUUAAAUGCGCCUCCCCACCCGCACGACCGCUCGCCAGCCGCAGAACUCGACCGUUUCCUCGACAGCCUUGUUCUGCUGUGGAAGAAUACGCCAGACCGUGAUGACGCGAUGCGUUGCGCUACGUUGCGCCUGAUAAAGCACUAUCUGAGUCGUUUGAUGCGCUUGAGCUUCUUUGUCACGCUGAUGAUGCAGAUGGUGGACUUUGGGGCGGAUGUGGAGGAGGAGUUAAUGGAGGAUGGGUUCGAGGUUAAGUCGUAUUCUGUGUUGAAGGGGGGGAGGCAGAGGAGCGACGUUAGGUUUGGUGAGGCUUGGUGAGCGACAUGAGCGUGCGAGGUUAUGUACAUCGGCAAAAAGGAGCGGAGCUGGUCUUGUCGAGUGUCGACUGCUAAUAGGGUUCGUGGCGAGAACAGCAGACGAAGACGCUGCUCACUGUCGAAAUGAACCUGAUAGAAGACGUGGAAAUAUUGGAGUGAUGAUUCUCCUCUAAUAGGCGUACUAUAUCCACU